AUGCCUCGGUUCCGUAGAAACAACAAUAACAACAACACCGGGUCCAAGCGCAUCGAUCCUCAGCAGGCAAACGCUACUGACAACCCGCAAAGCCCAAGGUUCGUCGGGGCUGUCGAUCAUCCCGCUUCGUCGUCAACCGCACCGGUAUCCGAGUUGUCAUCUCGCGCGCAGGGGCGAGGGUACGGGCAGCAAGGAGCUUCUUCUUCCGCCUUCAGCAGACCGCGGCACCCGAAAGGCAACAAGUCGUCGAGUUCAGGGUGGACUAGCUCAACCAGCGGCAGGUGGGGCCGGCUCGGGAAGGUCAAGUUCCCCACGUGGAAAUCGACCUCGUCGGAGACGCCGUCUGAAACCGACCGCAAGCGCAAAGCCCAAGGCGGUGCACCCCGUAUCGGAUCUGCAAGCGUCGGGGCACCUAGUGUUUCUGGUGGAAGUGGCAGCAUGAGCUCCUCACGGCAGCAUGGGUUCGGGCGUAUGGUCGCCGACAGAUACGAGAUUCUGGACACCCUCGGCCAUGGUUACAGCGGAAAGGGCGAGACGGUGGCCCUCAAGGUCAUGGACAAGCUCGACCCCCGCGACCCGAGCUACUACCGUAGGUCCAGCAGGCUCAACGAUGAGGUCCUUGCGAUGCAGAGAUGUGGGUCCCACGAGCACACGGUGUCGCUGAUCAGGGCUAUGUUCGACGCGACUUACCCCAGGCGGAACGGCGACCUUACGAAUGCACCCAUCCUGGUGUUAGAGUUGUGCGAGAAGGGAGAGCUGUUCGAGUUACUGUCUCAGCCGGGCGGCUUCCCCCCUAUAGUGUGCAAGGAGUACUUCAGGCAGCUCAUGUGUGGCGUCAAGUUCUGCCACGAUAAUGGCGUGUGUCACCGCGACCUAAAGCCGGAGAACCUGCUUUUGGACUCUGACUUCACUCUCAAGAUUGCUGAUUUCGGGUUCGCAGCUUUGGGGCGGGAGCGCAUGAUUUGCAGCAGCAUCGUGGGAUCGAGGACCUACAUGGCCCCGGAGGUUCUCAACCUGGGGCAAAGCUACGCUUACGGCGACGACGCGGCGUACGACGCAACUAAGGCGGACGUUUGGAGCUCGGGCGUGAUCCUGUUCACGAUGCUGGCAGGCCACCCCCCGAUGGAAAAGGCGAACGAGUCAGACUGGUGGUUCCGGGCUCUCAAGCUCGGUCGACAGGACCUGUUCUGGCAAAGCCACCAGAACACAGCUCCCCUGUUACCCGAAGACGCCAAGCACCUUAUUCAGGCCAUGCUCACGGUCAAUCCCGCACACCGGAUCAAUGUCGACCAGAUAAUGAAUCACCCUUACGUGGUGGCCGCUCCGCGGGGUGCCUUCUGGAAAGGAAGGCCUGAGGAUCCCCGGGCGGUGCUCCGCGAGAAAAUGCAGGAGUUGUACGAGCAGUCGAUGGCGUCAAAGCGCCUGUGCACCGUGCCCAGCAGCAGCAGGGGCACCGCAGAUUCCGCCGGCCCCGAGGGCUCGGGGUCCCCGUCGGCUGGUUCGGGGGCCCCGGGUCGGGGGUCGGCCGGGUACGUGGAAAACCCCCACGACCGCCCGACGUGGAGGGGGCCCGGGGACGAUCUGUUCGAGGUGCCUACCAUGUUGGAGGAGGAUGCGGCCAAGGUAACCGGGGGCUUCAUGGCGACCGGAGACUUGAAGAACCUCGUGAAGGCGGUGGAGCAGGCUCUGUUCGAGCUGGGGGCCGAGGAAAACGGCCUGAGGACCUUCAGGCAGACGGCCAAGGUGUCCGCCGUCAUCCCGGAGGACCCCAAGCUCGGAAGCGGGCGCGUGGGCGUGGUCGCCAAGGUGUUCCGGGUCGUCUCGCGGCGGGAGGUCGAGGGCUCCGCAGGAGGAGGGGGGGGCGGGGCGACGACGACCGAGGCGGACUGCUUCGUGGUGGUUCUCCGGAGAAAGCGGGGCGAUUACUACCGCUACCGGAAGGUGGAGGAGUUGCUCGUGGCUCGCCUCACGACGAAAGACAUGAACGUGCACGACAGAGACGUGAUGGAACAAAGCGGCGUCAACAUGUCGCCCAUGCCAUGA